AUGAUGUAUUAUGGCACCUCAGGAGACCGGUAUCGCGAGUACAUCGAUGACUCAACUUCACACAAAAUUAAAAGUGCGUAUUGGUCGACUAGACAGGCGGUAAUCCGCAAGCUUGGUAAGGAGGAGGACCGACACGUAGUUGCUUCGGAUGCCGAGCUCGAUUCAAAAUUGGAGGUUUGCUUGUCUAUUGUAUUCUCUAAUCGUGCUUUCAGCUCUUUAAUUGAGAAUGACACUGGGCGGUUUCUGAAGUCGCGAAGUUCGGAGGAUAAGACGCGUGCUGGAAAGAUGCUUUCCGCUGUUGGGAAAGCUCUGUCUCACUCGGCGCAACAGCGGUUAGAGCAGGAGGUUAGAACAUUUCGUGAUCGUGCGAUCGGUGAUACUGCAAACACGAUUGCCCGGAUGGAGACAGCUCGAACUGAGUACCGUGGUGCUUUAAUGUGGAUGAAAAAAGUCAGCGAAGAGCUUGAUCCUGACAUGUACAAAAAACUGGACAAAUUUAGACGCGUCCAGACUCAGGUGAAGAAGUCAAAGGCCGUUUUCGACCGUUUCAAGUUGACGUGCAUGCAGAAGGUGGACCUUCUCGCGGCCAGCCGCUGCAACAUGCUGAGUCACGUGCUCGCUGCUUAUCAGGAUACCCUGCUGCAAUUCUGGGAAAGCACGGCUCGUUUCAAGGGCUACCAGUACUACGAGUUUGCUCUCCUUAAGGACCUAACUCCUGAAAGUCGCAAACUUGCCGAACAAACCUCCCAACAGUUUGAUGAAGGUGAUGGGUACGUUUUGCGUUAA